AUGUUAGUUUAUGAACAACAAAAUAACAAAUUUGGUGAAAUAAAGAGCUUUGUGAGACUUUUAGAAGAUUUGAAUACGCUUGAAAAAGAAACUAAUCCUGAAGCAAAUGAUGCAUUAGAUUUCUGUAAGCAAAACAUUUUUAAUAAAAUUUCAGAAAAUUAUCCCACCACUAUUCCUGAAAGUGAUAAAAGACAGCUUGUAGUAAUUACCGGAGCUACUGAAGAUAUAGGAUUUAAUAUUGCUAAAGCUUUUCUUAAAUAUGAAUACAAGAAGUAUGAAAUCUUAAUAAAAGUAAUUCGACAUGCUAAUAGUGAAUAUCUUGAAGAGGAAAAAUUGAAAAGAGAAAAUAGAGCCAAAACGUUAGCAGAAAAAGGUGCAAACGUUGAGUUGGUAGACUAUAACAAACAUAAUGAACUUGUCAAAGCUUUAACAGGAGCUAGUUUUGUUGUUAGUGCUUUAGAAAGAUUUGUUCCAUCUGAGUUUUAUGUUGAUUAUAAAUCUAUUACAGAAGAUUCUAUAAAACUAAUUCCUAAACUAUUUUGGUAUAUCUUUAAAGAUAAGAAAGAUGUAUUAGAAAAGAGAAAAGUUUUAGCUUAUGAGUAUCUUGCUUGGCUUGGAUUUGAUACAACUACCAGAGAUGCUAACUUUUAUGCAGAAAAAGAUAAAAAAGUGUCUCUUAUAUAUUUUGCAUAUUGGCAGAUGUGUCGUAGAAGUGCUUGA